UCAGACGCACAGUGGUACUCACAUGAGCCUCAAUCGGCAUAAUCACCAACUAACCAGCAGAUCCAGUCGGACCAGUUUCCUGGUUCCCUCCCCUGCAGAUCUGCAGCUUCAAAGACGGGUCUGAACAACACGAGCUGAACACUGAGAGCUGACAGCCUCCGUUCUCUGCACAGAAGCAUGAUUUGUAGAUCAGCGCUCAGACUAGUUUCAGCUUUGAGGAAGUGAAACUGUCUCAGUCUCAGUUACCAAGAGGUGAAAUGGCGCAGAAAGGAGAUCAGCUGGACCAGGAAACCUUUUCUUGUUCCAUCUGUUUGGAGGUUUUAAAGGAUCCGGUGACUAUUCCCUGUGGACACAGUUACUGUAUGAACUGUAUUAAAUCCUACUGGGAUGAAGGAGAGAAGAAACUCCCCAGCUGUCCUCAGUGUAGAGAGACUUUCAUCCCGAGGCCUGCGCUGGUGAAAAACACCAUGUUUGCAGCUUUAGUGGAGCAGCUGAAGAAGGCCGGACUCCAAGCUGCUCCUGCUAAUCACUGCUAUGCUGGACGUGAAGAUGUGGCCUGUGAUGUCUGCUCUGGAAGAAAACUGAAAGCCAUCAAGUCCUGUUUGGUCUGUCUGGUCUCUUACUGCGAGAAACACCUUCAACCUCAUCAUGAUUCAUCUUCAUUCAAGAAACACAAGCUGGUGGAUCCCUCCAAGAACCUGCAGGACAACAUCUGCCCCCGUCAUGGUGAGGUGAUGAAGAUGUUCUGUCGUACUGAUCAGAAGUGUAUCUGUUAUCUCUGCUCUGUGGAUGAACAUAAAGGCCACGACACAGUCUCGGCUGUAGCAGAAAGGACUGAGAGGCAGAGACAGAUGGAGGCGAGUCAACAACAAAUCCAGCAGGAGAUCCAGGACAGAGAGAAAGAUGUGAAGCUGCUUCAGCAGGAGGUGGAGGCCAUCAAUCAGUCUGCUGAUAAAACAGUGGAGGACAGUGAGGAGAUCUUCACUGAGAUGAUCUCUCUCCUCCAGAAAAGAAGCUCUGAUGUGAAGCAGUGGAUCAGAUCCCAGCAGGAAAGUGAAGUGAGGAGAGUCAGAGAGCUGGAGGAGAAGCUGCAGCAGGAGAUCACUGACCUGAAGAGGAGAGACGCUGAGAUGAAGCAGCUCUCAGACACCGAGGACCACAAGCAGUUCCUCCACAGCUGCCCCUCACUGUCACCACUCAGUCAGUCCACACACUCCUCCAGCAUCAGCAUCCGUCCUCUCAGAUACUUUCAGGAUGUGACAGCAGCUGUGUCAGAGGUCAGAGGUCGACUACAGGACAUCCUGAGAGACACGUGGACAAACGUCUCACUGGCCGUCACUGAGGUGGAUGUUUUACUGCCACAACCAGAACCAGAACCAGAACCAACGAGCAGAGCUGGAUUCUUGAAGUAUUCAUGUGAAAUCACUCUGGAUCCAAACACAGUAAACCAACUACUGUUACUGUCAGAGGAGAACAGAAAGGUGACUUUGAUGGACCAAGGUCAGUCUUAUUCUGGACAUCCAGACAGAUUCAGUUAUUAUUCUCAGGUCCUGAGUAGAGAGAGUCUGACUGGACGUCAUUACUGGGAGGUGGAGAAGACAGCAGGUGGAGUUUAUGUAGCAGUUUCAUACAAGAAUAUCAGCAGAUCAGGGAGGUGGGAGGAAAGUGGAUUUGGAUUGAAUGACAAAUCUUGGUCACUAUGUUGUUCCUCACUCAGUUAUGAAUUUAUGUACAACAACAUCAGUACCUCCAUCUCAGGUCCUCAGAGUUCCAGAAUAGGAGUUUACCUGGAUCACAGAGCAGGUGUUCUGUCCUUCUACAGCGUCUCUGGAACCAUGACCCUCCUCCACAGAGUCCAGACCACCUUCACUCAGCCGCUCCACGCUGGAGUUUGGGUUUACUACAGUCCUGGAGGCUCAGCUGAGUUCUGUAAACUCAAGUAGAUGUGUUUACUCUUCAUGUUUUCAUCUCAGGUUUUAUUGAUUUUAUUUUCUUCUCAGAGACAAAUGUCUCAAACUCUGAUGGAUGGAGAGACGUUGUUCUAUAAGUUGAUGUUUUGUUGUUGUUUGCUCUUUUGUUGGUGGAAGUCGUUCUUUUGUAGCUUCACUUGGGAAAUAUUCAUGUUAUUAACAUAUUCUAUGUUUGUAUAAAAACAUAGAAAUAAGGAGCCUCCAAUUAUAACAAUUAACCAAUAAUUGUUGUUAACUGUUAGUUCGGAUGUGUUUCUAGGUUGUAUUUCUCUUUUCUUCUCCUCUUUUUCUUCCACUUCAUGGACUCAGAUGACCCACCAGACCUUCUUCAUCUCUGAUGUCAUGUCUGCAUUCACACUGGUUUCCUCCUUCAUUAGCAAACUAAAUGUUGUUGUUUUCGAAACCAGUAAAGACGUUUUUAAGGUGAAAUAACAGCAAAGCGUAUCUGACGGCACCGACUUCUGAGAUCUGCACGGUUCUUGUUUAACGCUGCAGAGGUCAAAGUUCAUGAAAUGGUGAGAUGUUUGUUCUGUCUCUGACUUGUUGAUGGUUGUUUGUUGACAUGUGAGAGAGGCUUUGUACAUGACAGAAAUA